AUGGCGAAAACGAUUUUGAAACCUCUUUUCCUAGGUUCUCUUCUCCUUUCCGUGGCACAAUGCGCUACUAAGACGUACGAUUUCGAGGUAUCAUGGGUGUCUGCGAACCCUGAUGGGUUGCAAGAGCGCUCUGUCAUUGGUAUCAAUGGCCAGUGGCCGCUCCCCACCUUGAAUGUCACCAAAGGCGAUCAAGUUGUCAUUAAUGUGAAGAACUCGUUGGGGAAUGAAUCCACAAGCUUGCACUUUCACGGCUUGUAUCAGAAUGGGACAACACAUAUGGACGGUCCGACGCAGGUCACACAAUGUGCGAUCAUACCUGGUAGCAGCUUCACGUACAACUUCACAGUUGACCAACCCGGAACUUAUUGGUACCAUUCGCAUGUUCGUGGACAAUAUCCGGACGGCCUCCGUGGAGCGUUCAUCGUUCAUGACCCAGAAGACCCACACAAGGACCUCUAUGACGAAGAAAUCGUACUCACUUUCUCGGACUGGUAUCAUGACCAUAUGCCGGAUCUCCUCGCGAGCUUCAUCAGUAUCGCAAACCCUUCAGGUGCAGAACCAGUGCCAGACUCCGCGCUAGUCAACGAGACGCAGAACCUUUCCGUCAAGAUUGAGCCUGGUAGGAGAUACAAGUUCCGCAUCAUCAAUAUGGGCGCUUUCGCUGCCCAAUAUGUAUGGUUUGAAGAUCACACGAUGCAAGUAGUUGAAGUGGAUGGCAUCUACACCGAGCCUGCCGAUGCCGAGAUGAUCUAUGUGACGGUCGCGCAGCGCUGGAGUGUCAUUGUUACUGCGAAGAAUGAUACCAAUGCGAACUUUGCAUUCAUUGGGAGUAUGGACCAGGAUCUCUUUGACACAGUCCCUGACGGUCUGAACCCCAAUGUGACAGGCUGGCUCGUGUACGAUGAUACGAAAGAGAAACCGGUACCAAAAGAGAUCGAUAGUUUCGAGCCGUUCGAUGACUUCAGUCUUGUGCCUCAGGACAAGGAGAAGCUGUACGAUCACGUCGAUCACCAGAUCCAACUCGACAUGAAGAUGGACAAUCUCGAUGACGGAGCGAACUACGCCUUCUUCAACGACCAGACCUACGUCUCCCCAAAAGUCCCAACUCUCUACACCGUCCUCUCAACCGGCUCAAACGCAACCAAUCCCGAGGUCUACGGUUCCCACACGAACCAAUUCGUCCUCGACCACAACCAAGUGGUCGAGAUCGUUCUCAACAACGACGACCCAGGAAAGCAUCCCUUCCACUUACACGGCCACGUCUUCCAGGUUGUCCACCGCAGCGACGAUGACGCAGGCUUCUAUGAUGCAUCUAACCACUCCGCCUUCCCUGAAACCCCCAUGCGUCGCGACACCAUCCUCGUCCGCCCUAACGGCAACAUCGUCCUGCGCUUCCGCUCUGACAACCCAGGCGUAUGGCUGUUCCACUGCCACAUCGAAUGGCAUGUGGCAUCUGGGCUCAUAGCUACGAUCAUCGAGGCGCCACUCGACAUCCAGAAACAGCUUUCUGGUAAAAUUCCUCAGGAUCAUCAACAAGCUUGCAAGGCAGGCAAUGUGAUGAUGGAGGGUAACGCUGCUGGCAAUACGGUGGAUGUGCUUGAUCUGAAGGGUGAGAUAAGCUUCCCGGGCCCACUACCUGCUGGGUUCACCGCGAGGGGCAUCGUGGCGUUGGUGUUCAGUUGCGUGGCGGCAUUCUUGGGGAUGGGGGUAAUCGGCUGGUAUGGUAUGGCGCCUAUCAAGGCGAAGACUGGAUGA